UCGGCACAUGGUUUUUGUCCAUUGGCGUCGACCAACUUACACUCAGUUGUCUACGCGACUUGAACAGGUGCGGACGUCGCUGCUCCCAAUUUUAAUUUCUCUUCUUUCGACUUUUCUGUGCGUGCAGCUUAAAAACGAAGAAAGCGCGCCGGCGCUCGCUGACAUGAAGUUAAUUGAUGUGAUUAUAUAUCUAAUUGCCAUUUUGAUCUUCAUCUAUUUGCUGCUCGAGUAGCUGCAGAAGCCAAAAGUCACUCGACAUUUGCCCAGAGAGCUUUCUUUCUGCAGGCCAACAGUUACAAUUAACGCUACGAAAAUCUGCAGAUCUUUACAAAUCCCAGCAAGAUGAGGCCUUUUCUGCUGCUGGCCCUGAUUUUGGCGCUGGCCAACUGUGAGCAGCGUCCCCUGGUUUUCACCAACUGGCCGCCCAAGAGUCGUUCAUCCGCCGGCGCAGGAGUAGGUGCCGGUCCACCGGGAAAGCCGCGCACCCUGGUCGUCCAAAUACGCAGCGAUCAGCCAGUGCCGCUGGUUCUCAAGGGUCGUCCAGGCCAAGGCCACGCCCACGCUCACGCCCACGCCCACAGUCAUGCCGCCCACUUGGCCCAUCCGCACUCUGUGCAUCCACAUGUCCUGUCACACGCCCACUCGCACGCCCACCUCCACUCGCAUCCCCUGGUCCAUGUGCCACAGCACCAGCUUCAGUACCAGCAUCAACACCUCCGCGGACCUGCACGUCAUACGCCGAUCAAGCUGAGUGGUCCUUCUCCAGUCUACCUGAAACCCGCCGGAGCCUCGCUGCGAAAACCCCUGAAGAUCAAGCUGAGCAACGUGAAGCCCAAGGCGAAACCCACUUUUGGCUACGACAAGCCCUUCAAGUACGAGAAGCCAGCCGUGAGCUACAGUGAACUCCAGAAUCUGCCGCUGGACACGCACAACAACUUCAACACCGAGCACUUUGCACCCAUUUACACGGUUCCCGCACCGAACCUGGCCGACAACCACCUGGAUGUGGAGGAGGGUCACCUCCAGGACUCGUCCUCCUACCUGUACACGCCCCCCUCCCAGAUCCCGCCCUCAGCAUCGGCCCCCAUCCGUCCCCAGACAUACUUGCCACCGAAGUACAGUGUGCAAGAGGACGAGACCAAUGACCAAACCAUCCGCGAUCCCAUUUCGGGUUCGCAGAAACUCUUUGCCCCAGAUCCGGAUCCCUCGCUGCCCACCACCAAGAUCCGUCCGGCCACGGAGUCGUUUAACACGCCCAGUAAUAACAAGCCGCUGCCCGCCGAUGUCCAGAGCAACCACUUGCCCGCCCAACCGCUGGUCCAAAUUGUUGGGGCCCAGGCGGCGGCCCAGACGGCGCCCGAGAUCUAUCCUAUUCAGUAUGCCCAGCCGGCAGCGGCGGCGGUUCAAAGUCAGAGCUUCCUCGCAGCCAUUCCGGCUGCCCACAUCCCCAUCUACAAUCCCACCUACCUGGUGACGCAAUCCAACCAGCUGUACUCCGCCCACCAGCAGCAACUCUUCAAGCCCAGCUCGGAACCGGUGGUGGAGUCGGGCUACGUCAAUGCCGAUCUCACCCAGGAGGUGGCCAGCAACGGGCAGAUCCUGCAGGCGGCCAAGGAUCCGCAUCACAACAUCCAUCCCGUACUGGAUUCGGCACCGCAAUAUGCUGCCCUGAUUGCUGCUCCCGCGCUGGGCAGUCAUGGCGAGGGUGGCUACCAGACGGCCUCCUUCCACCUGCCCAAUGCGGCUUCUGCCGUCACUGCGUCCAUUCCAGAGGGUGGAUUCGUGGUCUCCAACUUCUAUGGCCACACGCACGACUCCUCGCAGUUGCUGCAGGCCUACGCAGAGGAGGAAUCACGCCGCCAGCAACUAGAAACAGAACAUGCUGCCAUUGAGCUGCAGAAGCAGCAGCAAUUGCAUCUGGAUGAACUCAAGGCUCAGGCGCAGGAGCAACAGCAGCAACAUCAACUGCAUCUGGAGGAGCUGAGGGUUCAGGCGCAAUACCAGCAGCAGCAGCAGCAGCAAUUCGAGGAGUUGCAGGCCCAGGCACAGGAGCAACACUUGCAGCAGCAACACCAGCAGCAACAGUUGCAACUUCUGCAACUGCAGCAGCAGCACCAGCAGCUGCAACAACCGGUGCAGCACCACCCGCAGCAGCAGCAGCAGCAGUUGCAGCCAGUGCAACAUCAACAGCAGCAGCAAUUGCAACAGCAGCAGCAGAUUGCUCAGGAUCCCGCAGCAAGUGCCUUUGAGGAGCACCAGCGAUUGGUGCAGCAGCAAUUGGGCUCUAACACGCCGCUUCGCAUCUUUGUGCCCGACGAGGAGGCUUCCGAAUCUCGGCUGCAAAAGCGAUCGGAUGACGUGAAGAAGGGCACCGUGGAGGACGUGUCUAGCGGGGAUCUGAUCGAGAGCGACAGCGAGGAUUCAGCCAAAGAUUUGUUCGAGGUUUCCACCUCCGUCGAAGUGGCCGGCGAGCAUCUUACGGCCAGCAGUAAUUAGUUAAGGCACACUUAAGUCUUUGACGCUGUUCAAAAAUAUUUAUUUACACACUCAUUUGUAAAAACGCAUUCAUGUAGCGAGCAGUCGGUAGUUUAAUAAAUAUAAUCAUUAAUUUAUUCAAAUUUA